AUGAGCCAUCUCUACAAACAUCUUCGAAUCCACCAAGUAUUCGGAGCGAACACAGACGUUGGAAAGACUAUCAUCACUACUGCACUCGUUCGGGCUUCGGCAAUUAACAGGAACCGCGUUUUUUAUCUUAAGCCGGUGAGCACUGGCGCACCGCAGGAUGCGGAUGAUGAACAUAUUAAACGCCAUGCGGGACCGCAAAAGCAUCUAGUGGACGCUCAUUGCUUGUUCCGCUAUGGAGACCCCGUUAGCCCGCAUCUUGCUGUUAAGAUGGCUUCUGAGACUCCAGGUGGACUCAAAGUUUCUGUGCCUUCGGAUGAAACGUUUGUUGGGUCUGUUGCGGAGCAUAUUAGAAAGCGAGCUAGGGUUGCGAGUGGGCCGGGCCAUAUGUAUGUGGAGACUGCUGGAGGCGUCCACAGCCCAACGCUCUCCGGAACAACCCAACUAGACACCUACCGCCCCCUCUUUCUCCCCACCAUACUAAUCGGAGACUCCAGACUCGGUGGCAUAUCAUCAACCAUAUCCUCAUUCGAGUCGCUCCUCCUUCGUGGAUACAUCAUAGACUCAAUCCUCUUAUUCCGGGAUGAAUACUACAGGAAUUUCGAAUACCUCACGCAGUAUUUUGCAGAACGAGGGACGCAUGUCACUGCGCUUGAUCCUCCUCCCCCACGCCUCGACUCCGCAGAGAACGUCGCGAAUACAGAGAAAUAUUACUCAGAUCUCGUCCCAGACACCCUUAAAGGCGAUAUUUUCACUGCACUCGAACAUCUGGACGAGUGUCACGCCAGACGCAUCGAAGAACUAGACUCGAUGCCUCGUCGUGCGCUCGAUGCGAUCUGGUGGCCAUUCGUACAACACGGAUUGGUCAAGACCGAGAAGGACGUUUCGGUCAUCGACAGCGCGUGGUCGGAUUUCUUUAGCAUUUAUGAUGCUUCUUCCGAGCAAACUUCACCUUCGCAACCAAAAUCGCUAUUGCAACCCCAGCUGGAUGGGUCUGCUUCGUGGUGGACGCAAGCUGUCGGACAUGCUCAUCCGACGCUGGCGCUUGCUGCUGCAAACGCGGCAGGACGUUAUGGUCAUGUUAUGUUUCCGCAGGCAACUCAUCUUCCUGCUCUCAAGCUUGCUGAACGCCUCCUUCAAGGACCGGGCAAUGGCUGGGCUUCUCGUGUAUUUUUCUCAGAUAACGGAUCUACCGGGAUGGAGGUUGCGCUCAAAAUGGCUUUACGAUCGUUCAUCGUCAGCUCUGGACUCAAGUUGAGUUCGGCGGAGAAGAAGAACUUGGGGGUUGUUGGACUGAGGGGGAGUUAUCAUGGAGAUACGAUCGGGGCUAUGGAUGCUUGCGAGGAAGGGGUUUAUACUUGUGAAUGGCAUGAAGCGAAGGGUUAUUGGUUUGAGCCACCGACUGUGUCUAUUCGGCAGGGCCGAGUCGCUGUUUCCCUUCCACCUGCUCUGUCAUCCCUCACCAGUGAUCAGCGGACGGUCGAAGGAUUUGAAACCCUCUCACAUGUUUAUGAUGUCGAGCAGCGUCUCGAAUCUCCGCUUGCAAAACACUACAGGCAAUACCUAGACAAAUACAUGCGGGCCCUCCAGGCAGACGAUACCCGAAAACUCGCAGCUCUAGUUCUUGAACCCAUCGUCAUGGGCGCAGGAGGAAUGAUAUUCGUAGAUCCAUUAUUCCAACGUAUCAUGGUUGACGUCGUCCGCGACCCCGCCCUAUUCCCUACACCUCUCCGCGCAGGUCCUCUCCUCGGCGUCAACCCUGACAUCUCAGUGAACGCCAAGAUUCUCACUGGUGGUGUGUUGCCUUUGGCAGUAACGCUCACGUCCGACCGUAUCUUUUCGGCGUUCAAGAGUGAGAGCAAAGUGGAUGCGUUAUUGCAUGGACAUAGUUAUACGGCGCAUGCUGUUGGGUGUCAGGUUGCGAACGCGACACUUGAUUUGGUUGACGGAUUGGUGGAGAGUAAUCUAUGGGUGGGAGCGAUUGGUAAAUGGGCGCCUGAAGGAGCCUUGGCGACGAGAGUGUGGAGUUUCUGGGACCCGGAGUUCAUCACUUCGAUAUCUUGUCUGGAUGUUAUCGAUGAGGCGAUGACGUUGGGAACCGUGCUUGCCAUAAAGUUCAAGGAUAAUGAUGCGGGUUAUGCAUCGCAUUCUGCUCAGACGCUGCUCCAGAGCUUGCGAUUACCCCUGGAUAAUGGAUCUGCAUCCGCAGCCCCUGGAGGUGCACCUUUUGGGGUGCAUUAUAGGACGCUGGGGAACGUGGCGUAUUUCAUGAGUAGCUUGAAUACUCCACGUGCGACUAUCGAGGCGUUGGAGGAUCGGUUGUGGAGGCUUGUGUCCGGUGUACGGCGUUCGUAG